AUGGGUUUCUUUGGGACAUGGCAAGUUCUAUUCUUGCUGAUAGCAAGUCUCUGGAUCAUUCCUACAUCUGCUGUCCUCGUCGAGUUCCAGAACUGCCUCUCGGAUGGUGUACAGAAUAACUCACCUCUACAACUACAACUGGUUCCCCUCGUCAUGAACGCCGUGUUUAACACCACUGACCCAAUGCACAACCUGAAUGUCACAGUAUGGACAAACGUCACUGGUUCAACAGUCGCUUUACCCCGAUUGCUUCUGCCGAAUGCCACCGAUCCGUAUUGGACGAACAAUGAUACCUCGAACGGGGGAAAGAUAGCAGCCGAUCCUCUCCCAGACACUAAUAACCCACUCCUUACUACACUCUUCAACAAAGUCGGUGUUUUGACUUAUACCCCGUACAACCCCAGUACCGGCGAUAAUUUCUGCGAAAUAUUGGUCAAUGGGACUUGUCCCCUUGGUCCAAACUUCAAGGAUAAUUUGACCUCAUACCACAAUUUCCCCUCUUACGGAUUCGAAAACAACUUCUAUUCAACCUAUGCUUUCACCUCGUUUACCGUAACGCUUUUACUCAAGUAUGGAGAUCCAACAGGUACCCCGGUCGGAUGUGUCUCAGCGAACCUAACACCUGAUCUUGGAUCCAGCCUGAGUUCAGUUGUGAAAUACAUACCCGUGGUAAUCCUCUUCUUUGUUGGCUUCGCGACGGCUUUUGCAGGUAUCUCCAGCCCUUGGGGAACAACGGAUAUAUUUCACUGGACUACUAACUACGGGCGAGACGAGGAUCUGCUUCGUUUGGUCACCCCCGGAUUUGGAGACUGCUUGCAAUACAUUCAGUUCGUGGCACUUACUGGUGGCCUCACUCUCAACUACCCGGGGUUCUACCAACCGAUUGUUAGCAAGGUGUCAUGGUCUGCGCUCAUGUUCAAUCAGAGCUUCGUCAGUGGUGGAAAUGGAACGAUGAGUCUUGUUGACGGGAUAUAUGUCACGAACGGCACGUAUGGUCUGGAUCAACUUCGACAACUGGUUGGAAUGAGUGAAGUGGACGACAUCUGGGCCGGCAUGGCUGUCUGGCUUCUCGUCAUCCUCGGAGCCUCGAUGGUUUUCAUACAGAUCGGUUUUUUCGUUCGGUGGACAUAUCGACACAUCAACAAAACCCAAGAAGGGGACUUUAGAGCAAAGAACAUGCCAUUUUCGGUGGGCAACGUCAUCCGGAUCGUUUUCAACUACUUCUUGCUACCGAUUGUCGCGCUAUCGAUGUUCCAGUUAGUAGUGGCUGGGCGAUCACCUGCAUUCGCUGUGGGUCUAGCAGUGGUCAUGUUGGUGGUGGUAGUUGGAUUUGCGUGCUGGCUUUUCUUUAUUAUCGCCUCAACCAGGCCCAAGUCUUGCCUCUUCGAUGACCUGCCAACAGUCCUCCUUUACGGAUCACUCUAUAACACCUAUUCCGACAAUGCUGCACCAUUUGCUCUUAUUCCCCUUCUCUUAACUUUCGUACGAGGCAUUGCAAUCGGUGCUGUCCAGCCUUCUGGUAUUGCGCAACUUGUUCUACUCGCUAUCUGCGAAGUCAUCACCAUUCUAACUCUUCACGCCUUCCGACCAUUCCAUUCUCCCACAUCAAUGAAUGCGUUCCAUACCUUCUUCGCAUUACUCAGGUUCGCCACCAUUCUACUCAUGAUUUCAUUCGCCCCUUCACUCGGCGUUGCGGAAGGACCGAAAGGCUGGAUUGGAUAUGCUAUUCUUUUGAUGCAUGCUAUUGUCCUUAUAUUCGGCUUCUUGCUCAAUGCAAUUCAGACAAUCGUUGAGGUUGCCGCACGAAUGGCCGGUGCUGGCGGAGACGAGAGCGGUGCGACUCGAGGAGGCCUGGUCAAGGUCUUCGGCAUGCGUCAGCUAUCGAGAAGAUUACCUAGACGGGACGGCGGUUCAAGACAGAGCCAACUGUCCAGUGCUGCAAUGUUAGACUCUGAGAAUGAACGGAAGUCGUAUAUGAUGGAUAGUGGCAGGCUUAGGAGCCAAUCUGCUGGUAGUGCCGGUGUGCUCCUCGGCAGAGGGAGUACAGGCGUUGGCAGCAUCGAUGCCCAUGACAAUGUGCGGCCGGGUUAUAUUGGAAGUGGCGGCAGUUCACACGCCCCUACCACCCCUGGGGAGGCUAGCUCCUUCUCCUUCUUACCUUCUGCAGCAUCUCCAUCUGGUCUGGGACGAGGUCGGGUUCAAAAAUUGGGACUAGCUACGACGGAGACUGCGGAUCCUUACUAUCGAGACCCAAGAUUACGGCGAUCGACAUUAGAUUCAUUUUUACCAGGCGUCAAGAGUCGAAGAUCCUUCGCCAGCAGAGACGUGGAGAACAAGAGAAGGAGUGAACUCGAUUCGGGUACUCCAGAUAUAGAUGAAGAGGGGCUUUCAAUAUCUGGGCGAAAUACUCCCAUCGCUCCACAAACACUCGAUGGAAGCCCGGGGAGAACGCAAGCUGACUACACUACUCGUGAAGUCGACUUCUACUAUGGCGUUCGUGGUCCAGCACUGAAUGCCAAUAUACCUAGCAGGAGAAUAAAGACAGGUCCAGCUGAUCCUACAGGGCCGGCUGCUUCCGCAGCAGGAUGGUUCAAGGGCUUGUUUGGGGGAAAGACGAAGGAGAAAGGGAAGGGAUUUGAGGUUGUACGAAGUGCAAGGAUGCCUCCGGGUAUGGUCGCAAGAAAUGCUCCGGGGGCGGAGACUCCUCCUGAAGGUGUUCCCGUUGCAACUGCAGGUGGAGUCCGGAAUGGACCUAUCGAAUCGGACGAUGAAUCCGUCCACGCUGGUCCUUCGAGAGCUGCAACAAAACCAGCUGGACCUUCCACGCAUGAGGGUGACAAUCUAGUCAGCCCUUCAGGCUCUGAUGACGAAAGCCUGUCGGAUUAUGAAUAUGAUAUCACCCGGAUAUCAGAUGUGCCACCGACAUUGGGGCUAGACAUUCCUGAAGGCGGCAUCGAACUGCCCAGCAGGUUCCCGUCCAAGGCUACUUCGAAGGCCAGCUCCCGGAGAGCCAAGAUGACCGACGUACCUCUAGUACCUGGUUUACCCAUACGAAUGCCAUCCAACAAACCAAACGUACCUCGGAAAAGCUCAAGAAGGAAAUCCCAAAGUGUUGAUCUGACAGCCGGGGGACCACAAUUCUCGCACCAACCACAAAGAUCUCUCGAUUCACGCCUCCCGUUCGACCGCACAAACUCCAAGAAGCGACUAUCAGACAUGUCAUCUGGAUCAGGAGUCACAGAUCCUUUAGAUCUAGGGAAUCAAUCCGUCCUCGGCAAACUCUCAGCCGAUAUUCAAAACGAUAGGCCUACGAGCGUAGGCUACGUAAAUCAACACAGCAUCCGCACCGUGAACCCGUCUGCGAACCCGCAGUACCUGGGCAGCUCGGCGGAAGUGGUUGAUGGACGACAUAGCGGUUCUUCGAGCAUGGAGCAUCCGCGAUAA